GCUUUGCAGUCUGCGCUCAGCGGUGACUUUAUCGAUUUCGACUAAAGGUGACUUGUGGAUGUCAUAACCAAAGGAUAACGUGGCAAUUCAUGUGAGAAGGGAUGUGAAAAUUCUGGAGCAUGCAGCAACACAUGUCAGCCCCCUUGAAAGGAAGAGUUAGCUGUAAUUAUGUAAAUCUGCCUCAGAUUAAUGGGGACAGGCUGAAGACAGCUAAGAUUUCAGUGGACAAGGCAAUAAAGGAGAAAAAAGUGUUCUCAAUACAAGGCCCAUACCCUGUAAUCCGCGCAGCCCUACGUGCCAGAGGAUGGGUGGAACGCAGACUACCCCGUCCCUCUCUUCCACAACCCCGUCGGCAUGGAGAAUUUGAAACGGAGGCCACAGAUGAGCCUGACAGCAGUGAUGGUGAUGGAGAGGAAGGAGAAAGAGAUGAUGAUGCAGAUGAUGAUACGUAUGACCUGAUGUCACGGCUUGUUCGCAAUGAGACCACAUAUUUAUACUGGACAACAAAGAGGGAUUCAAUUGAUUGUCAGUCUUUGCGUAAAGACCAGAUGACCAAUCAUUACGCAAAGGCGGGAUCUUUCACCACUAAGGUUGGCUUGUGUAUGAACUUAAGAAAUCUGCAGUGGUUUGAUACAACAGACCCUGAUACGUUUUUCCCACGUUGCUAUAGACUCGGAGCAGAGGAUGAGAAGCAUGCUUUUAUUGAGGACUUUAGACGGACUGCAUGUACAAGUCUGCUGCUGUAUGUUGAGGAGAGAUAUGGAGGGGAUUUAGAGUGGCUAAGAACAGGAGAGAUGCUUAGUGCUAAAGCCGGUGGUGUAAGCAAGCCACGUAAGCUUACUAAUCAGAAAGUGGGAACUUGGUUGAUUGACAAUGCGUUGCAUGUAUGUCAGGAUUAUCUGAACAGUUUAGAGCAUUGUGACAUAGACGUCAAUUUGGAAGCUGUACCCACCCUCUCGGAGGACCAGUGGAAAGUGUUUCUCCAGAAUUUCUACUUAGUUAUUCAUGAAGGAGUGAAGAUAGAGGGGUGUGAAGGGUAUGUGGAACGAUGUAAAUCCAUGCUGGUGCAGAUGCGCCAUGUUUGCCCUCAGAUGGAGACCGAUGGACUCUGCAACAUCUGGAUCAUUAAACCUGGGGCCAAGUCACGCGGCAGAGGUAUAAUGUGCAUGAAGAAGCUGGAUGAGAUGCUCAGUUUAGUGCAUGGAGACCAUGCCAUCAUGAAGGACAGUAAGUGGGUGGUGCAAAAGUAUUUGGAGCGACCUCUGCUUGUUCAUGGCACUAAAUUUGACUUAAGGCAAUGGUUCCUGGUAACAGACUGGAACCCUCUCACGGUGUGGUUCUACCGUGAAUGCUACCUCCGGUUUUCUACCCAACCUUACUCCACUCAUACAUUGGACAGCUCUGUCCAUCUCUGUAACAACUCCAUCCAGAAGCAUUUUCAGCCAAGCCCUGAUCGUGACCCAUCUCUCCCUGUAGAGUGCAUGUGGUCCUGUUCACAGUUUCGCUCCUGGUUGGCUGCUUCUGGUCGCGGUUGUCUGUGGGACGAAGUGGUGGUACCAGGUAUGCAGGAGGCUGUGAUCCAAACCCUCUUGACUGCACAGGACAGCGUAGAACCUCGCAAAGCCAGUUUUGAGCUCUACGGAGCAGAUUUCAUGCUGGGACGUGACCUGCGACCUUGGCUGUUGGAGGUCAAUGCCAGCCCCACUAUGGCACCCUCCACAGCAGUCACAGCUCGACUCUGCCCCGCCGUACAGGAAGACACACUGCGCGUCGUGCUGGAUCGACGAUGUGAUCCCAACGCUCACACUGGUGGCUUUCAGCUCAUAUACAAACAGGCAGCGGUGGUGGUCCCACAAUAUAUGGGAAUGAAUCUUCUUGUAGAGGGUACUUCAAUCAGGCGUCCCCGUGCUGCUAUAUACAAACCUCUCACCCUGCGAUCUCACCCUGAACCACUGUCGAAAUCCACCAGUCACAACCGGUCUACUUUACCAACCAGCCAUUGCUCUACUGGGAAGGAGAAUCAAUCAGAAGUCCUAAUCAAAAGGCCUACAAUAUCUUCCCGCAAAGCCACAUUGGACCAGUCCUUUUACUCCCACAGAAAAUGCCCUCGCAGGCUGGUCUUACCCUCGACCUGCUGCGUAUUUCCCAACCCAGCAGAAGUUCAUCCUCAGAAGCUCUCACACACACAUGUGCAGCCUGAUCACUUUCACAGAUCACGCAGUACCCUUCCUUCCCUAUACCGUCCGUCCCCCUCACUGGAUGUAACGCACCUACGACCCGGAAAAGCAAACCCCCCCGGUCGCCACAAACAUGACAUACACACCGUCAGUAUAUCAUAUCCAGUUCUACGUAUGCAAAAAUACCUUGCAAGAAACCAAAGGCGAGGCACAGAUGCUUUUAAGAAGAUAGAAGGAUCAAAGUCAUCGUGAGGAACCUUCUGGAGAACAUGAAACCUAAAUCUUCACUUACUGUAUUAAAAUGAAUAGGUGUUAGAAUGCACCAAUUAUUUUGUCAGGUUAUCUUUUAGUUCACCGGAUUCUAAAGCCAUAUAUCUGGGAAUUACGGGAAAAUGUGGAAUUUUACGGAAUAGAUUUUGAAAUGAUGGGUUAGGAACUAAAAGACACUUCUGAGUGAAUAAGAAUAUUACAGAUGAGCCAAAAUAUUCAGCAAACCAGCAUGCAAGGGAUAAGGGGAUAUGUGUUUAACUUUUUGAGUUAACAGGUGUUUCUAAUAAGCAAAGUUCUGCAGAUGCAGAUUCUUAAGCGUAGACAUUCUUAUUAAAGGAAUAUUCCACUUUCAUAAAAUAAAAUUCCAAUAAUUUACUCAUCCCAAUGUAAUCCACGAUGG